GGCUUAGGCUUGUAUCGUAUCGCCCAUGAUGAUGGUCGUGUAAUUCGGUGUUGAAAGUUUUUGUCUUUGGUUUUUAUAUUCAUCGUAAUUGUUAUAAAAUCUUUCGAAGUGGUUGUGGAACUGUUUUCAAGUUUUAUGUACUGAAUUCAGCCAUGGCGUCACACGAUAAUAAUGCGAAAGGACGUUUGCAAACUUACAAGAAUCAGGGCAAAGACGUGGAGGAGAUGAGGAGAAGGAGAAAUGAAGUUACAGUAGAACUGAGGAAAAACAAGAGAGAAGAAACUCUUCUCAAGAAACGGAAUGUGCCUAAUACUGACUCUACAGAUGAGGAUGAAGCAGAGAGAGGCCUUUCGUUGGCGGGACUAGAACAGAUAGUUGCUAAUGCAUCCAGUCCAGACCCUGACAUUCAAUUAGCAGCAGUGCAAGCGGCUAGAAAGCUCUUAUCGUCGGAUCGUAACCCACCGAUUGAUGCACUUAUUCAAAGCGGGGUUCUACCAGUAUUUGUUAAAUGCCUAGAACGCCAAGACAAUGCCGCACUUCAGUUCGAGGCAGCUUGGGCAUUAACAAACAUUGCUUCUGGAACAUCUGCCCAGACUCAAGCGGUAGUGGAAGCCAACGCAGUUCCCUUGUUUCUCAUGUUACUACAUUCACCUCAUCCAAAUGUCUGCGAACAAGCUGUAUGGGCACUGGGAAAUAUCAUAGGCGAUGGUCCACAUCUGCGAGACUAUGUUAUUAGUUUGGGAGUAGUGCCCAUCUUACUGAGUUUUGUGACAGACACGAUACCCAUAAGCUUCCUUCGUAACGUGGCAUGGGUAAUCGUGAACCUCUGCCGCAACAAAGACCCCCCACCGCAUGUCGAUACCAUUCGAGAACUGCUGCCAGCUCUUAAUACCCUCAUCCAUCAUACUGACACCAACAUUUUAGUUGACACAGUUUGGGCUCUUAGUUAUUUGACCGACGGUGGAAAUGAGCAAAUUCAAAUGGUUAUCGAUAAUGGUGUGGUGCCAAGCCUGGUGCCUCUUCUUUCACAUAAAGAUGUCAAGGUUCAAACGGCUGCACUGAGGGCAGUAGGCAACAUCGUCACCGGUACCGAUGCACAAACUCAGUGUGUGUUGAAUUGCGAUGCGCUAGCUCACUUUCAAACCCUUUUAAAUCACCAUAAAGAGAAAAUCAAUAAGGAAGCAUUGUGGUUCCUUUCUAACGUUACUGCGGGAAAUCAGCAGCAAGUACAAGCUGUAAUCGAUGCUGGUCUAGUUCCUUUGAUAGUUCAACAUUUGUCAAGGGGAGAAUUUCAGACACAAAAGGAAGCUGCGUGGGCUGUAACCAAUUUGACGAUCAGUGGGCGUAAACAGCAAGUGGCUUAUCUAGUUCAAUGUGGCGUUAUAUCUCCAUUUUCAUCUCUUCUGUCAUGUAAAGAUCCUCAGGUUAUUCAAGUUGUUUUGGACGGCAUUUCUAAUGUUCUGCGUAUGGCUGCACCGGGUCCGGAAAGAGAUUCUGUUGCGACUUUAAUAGAGGAAUGCGGAGGACUUGAUAAGAUCGAGACGUUGCAGAAUCACGAAAAUGUUGACAUUUAUAAAUUGGCUUAUGAUAUCAUUGAGCAGUACUUCUCUGAAGAGGUGGCUGAAGAUCCGAAUCUUGUUCCAGAAGCUAGUGAUGAUGGAUUUCAAUUUGAUGCUAAUCCCGGCGUCCCCAAAGAAGGAUUCCAGUUCUAAAUCAAUGGUAAAGGAGUAUCUACACAAGAAUGGAGUAAAAUAUCGGGGAAAAGAUCGGGGAAAUCUUGGAAAUCGUGGAGGAUAUGGGAGAACUGUUCUUUUGGCAAUUUAGAAUGUAGACUUCUGUUGUGUUUUCCCAAUAAUCUUAUUUUUGGUUCUAUUUUUCCAAGUCACUUAACUUCAACAGCUUCCCCAACAGUUAACUAGUUCUCUUAGAUUCAAUCAUGCCAAGUGACAAAACUUUUUUCAAUCAACCUUGUUUAUCAGG